AUCCUUAUAAACAUUUAUCAAUCAAAGAACAAGAGGAUGACGAUGAAGAUGUAUAUUCAUCUAAUUAUGCGUCAUCUUCCCUUACGAAUAAAUCUUGUUCACAACAACAAACAUCUAAGCGAGGAAAAACAGGUGAAGAUAUAACUGUGGAGGAACAGGAAAGACGUGAAAAUGGGGUUAGUUUGAGCGAUCAUGAUCAUAAUCUGGUUAAAAAUCUUCUCAACGAACUGCAACAAUGCUCUGAGAAAAUGGCCAGUUUGGUGCGCAGUUUUCAAGUAUACUGUGAUGAUUCCGUUAAUGAAUUAAUUCGGAAUGAAAUUAUGGACCUAACCCCGUCUUCGGAGUUCGUUCUAAGAUACACAGAUGAGGAUGACUACAUGCAAGUUCUAAAAGAGAUCUUUGAGCCUGUCGAGAAGUUGUUUCCGGAAAGUGCGAUUGAAUUUCUUGAAGAGUUUUUUUCAGAGAACUGUACCCAUCAACAAUGGGAUAACAGGCUGGAAAAUUUAUUGGAACCGGAAGAGGAUCCAUUUUUAAGAAAGUUGAAGAGAUUUUUAUUUGAGACAUUGCCAGCCUUGCAAAACCAUAAUAUGCUAGAAGAUGAAUUCAUGAAUACGUACAUCCAUCCUGUUCUAAAGAAGGCACUGUGGAGGUUUUCGGAUAUUCGUUAUAUACCGGGGAACCAAGCUAUUCGAGCAUCUGCAUAUAGAAAGUCGAUAAUGAAACAAAAAGGGAAUGCAGACCGCUCAGAUGGGAUUGCGUACACCACCACCGAAAAACCGUAUGAAAUUUGUAUAGUAGAAGGUUCCAGACCAUAUGUUGUUGAUCACACGAAAGAAAUGUCCGAUUAUGUCCAAAAUGCGAGAGCAGGAAAAGAUAUAAUAAACCAUACAGUUGUAUCCGAAGUUAAGUUGAAACGAGCACCGCCUCUACAAUUCAAGUCCUAUAUGGUACAGAGCAUCGGACUAAGUCUUCGAUUUUACUUUAUGGAUUAUUUGGGAAUAUAUCGACUUUUUGAAAUCGAAACAUGCGAAAUUCCAACGGAUCUAGAAGGUGUUGAUUUAUUCCCAUCUUUUUUUUAG